AUGGAUAUUCGUAUCUUACAAUCAUAUCACCUACCACGACCGCUAGGUAAACCAAUCACCAAAUGUGUUGCAACACAAGACUGGUUGGCCGUUAAAGUGGUUCCACAACGAAUUCACGUAUUUUUUAAGGAAGCGCUUAGAGAAAUCUGGCGUUUUCCAGCUGAUCCGAUUGAAAUAUCGCAGGAUGGAUUGUAUUCAGAAACAACUAGUGGUUCAGCUGUUUCUUUUCUUGUUUUAACUGCUGAUGGUUCUAUCUGGCGUAUACCCCUGGUUCAACGGCAAAAAAGAAAUUAUGAAGCCGAUAGUCAAGAUCCAACUCCAUUACGUCAGAUCAGAAGAAUUAGUGAAACAAAUAAUAAUAAAUCACUGCUACAAACUUCACAAGCUUCACAAGCUUCGAUAUUUGGUCCAGCACGUAAUAUUGCAACGACAACGGUUGCUGAAUACAAUUCACUUUUUUCUCCACCAACUUUGAUAACUGUUACAGACGUUCAUAAAAUUUUGCAACAGGCUCGUAUUUGUUCAUUACGACCUUACAACCUUUUUAACCGUAAUGGUAUGCUAAUUAUAUCCGAGGAUGGUGAAAUCGGGUUUCUUUCGUUAGUAAAUCGAAUUCCUUCAAACCAAGUCUUAUUUCGACAAGAUACACAAAAUACUGAAAACGACCUUUCAGAUAUUUUUCUUGACACAUCAAAUAAUUACUCAGCUCAACUCACAAAAGUAAUAGAUGAUAAAGGAAACAUUGUUAUAUUUGAUAUUAAAAAUUAUAUUGAAAAUAAAUAUUUUCCUCCUUCAUAUUAUUAUAGGCUUAAGGAGGAAAUAUUGUUGACAGGAUAUUCGAAUGGACUAGUAUUGUUUCAACCUUUGAUUACUGAUGCUCCACCUCCUUGUGCAGUCACCUCGUUAAAUGAAUCCAUUCAAGCUAUAUAUACACUUUCAAUAAAACGCAAAGUCACCAAUGAAUCGGAAUUAUCGAUUUUAAGGCCACUCAUUGAAGAAAAAGUUGAUAAUGCAUUUCUCUUUGUUGGUUUUAAAGGCACUAUUGCUUUAAUGUGUAUGGCACCAUUGAAAAAUGAUUCUGAUGUGAAAUCUAUUGCUUAUAAAGAAUACUAUGUUCCUGCACCAGUACAUUCAUCUUUCGCAUUUAAGAACCGUUUAAUAGUUGCAGUUGAAGAUGGAAAUAUUGUUGUUAUAAACUUUGACAGAGAUAUGUUCUCAGAAGGCAAACUUGUUUCAUUACAUACAAUUCCUAUAUACUUGCCUAAAGGGAUUAUUGUAUUAUCUUACCAUUGCAUUGUUGGUCAAGAUUCUAGCGAUGGGGUUUUAUAUGCUUUAUCUAGUGACGGUCGAUUGAUUCGUUCAAGUUUCAAAACUACAAGUGAAGAUAAGCCAACAUAUAUGAUGAGCAAUGAAGAGUUAAGGGAAGAAAUCAAGAAGCAACUCAACAAUAUUGCAGAGUUAACUGCCAAGCAAACUACUUUGGAGAAAACAAAUCAACUGUUGAAUUCCGCAAUUGCUGCGCGAAAUCUGGUGAUUCCUGAACUUCAACGUUUUUAUAAAAGACGUGAUAAAGCAAAGGAUAAAAAUCCUCCCCUUGAAGUUGAAUGUUAUCCAAUUACAAUGACAACUUCACUCAACGGCAUCAUGAUUAAUAUGAUGAAUCAUUAUAAUUCCUCAAAACCGACGGAUUCGUCACCGGUUAUGUCUUAUUCCGUUUCCUUAGUAGAUAUGAUAACAGUUUGGGAACGGGAUAUUGAAAUAAAUUUACGAUUUCUUCAUUUUCCCAUAUUGAUAAAGCUUGGUUUAUGUUUUUCACCCCCGAUGCCUAUUGACUCUACAAACGCAGAGCAUAAAAAAUCAAAAGCCACACAUUUUCCAUUGGUCAAUAUUCAAUAUGAUAUUUUAGAUUUUAUAAAGCCAUGCCCUGAAAACAUUCUUCAACGGAUGCAGCAAGAACGACAUUUUUCUAUCUAUCCCCCGCUACCUAAUUUUAUUGUGCCUCUGGAAGGCGACUUUUUUGCAACUAAAUUUGACUUUAAAAAGACUUUGGAAACUUUGAUCAAUGUUUCUGGUAGUGAUAAAGAAAGAGAGGAAAACCCAAUUACCAAUUUUAUAUCUUCACUAAACAUAAACACGACAAUUAUCAAGUUUUUUUUAAGGAUCAGCAGUAAUGCUUCAACCUCUACAACUAAUCAAAGUGAGAUAAACAAUGAGACUAGCAUUGAUGAUGCAUGGAAAAGAUGUCUUUCGGUGCUUCUCGGAGAAAAUAUUGAAAUGUCAGAUCUUAAAGAGAUCAUAAAGACUGCAGAUCAUGCAAUUUUUAUAACUCCCUUGGGUCUUGAACCUGUAAUCUUGAAUUUAAAAAAAUUGGAUGGAUGCGAAAUAUCCAACGUUAUUCCACAAAAUUCUAUAGGUGUUGAACUAAAAAUAACAGCCAAUUCCCCUGAAACUUUGUUAUUUGUUGAAGAAGCCUUACUGGGACGGCUUGAUGAUUUUUCUGUGAUCGACACUAUCAGCGCUGCCAGUUCUGCUAACAUGAUGGACAUUGAUGAGACUGCCCGAACUCUAAUGUCUCAAACAAUCAAAGAAAAAUUGAUUAACCUUAAAACUGAUCGUGAUUCAUUAAUAAGGCUACGUGAACAACAUGAAAAUGUUGAAAAUGGGGUAGCUUGGGAUAAUUUUGUUGAGACCGCUAAGAAGAUUGAGACCAGAAUCAUAGAAAUCGUGAAUUCUUUUAGAACAGAGAUGAAUAAUAUAUGGUUAAAUGGUGUUGUCGAAUUAUAG